UAGCGACACAUCUGUGGUGUAUCGAAAGACUCACAUCUCUAGUAUUUCGGUGCGGUUCGGGAUUUUAAAAAAGUUUUACGGCGGACGCGAACACCAUGGCGGCUCACACAAUACUGUUCGACUUUACGCUGGACAAGGACAAGACCAGCGACGAGAAGCAGCGCCUGGAGGUGGCCAAGAUCCUGCGCAACGAGCUGGAGCACGUCUUCCCGCAGCUGGAGUUGGCCUACUCGAUGGAGUCGCCGGAGAACGGCUACUUUGCGGUGCUGCACGAGAACAAGGACACGGUGAUUACCUGCCGGAUCUUCCAGCACGGCCUGCUGACGCUCAACGUGGAGUACUUCCUGCCCGACGGCAAGGAGGGCAUCUCCUUCGACACCAUGCGCACUGUGGAACUGAUUCUGCGACAGAAAUUUGAUUCCGAUCGGUCCAAGUACUUGCCCCCGAUUAAGCGCGGCGGAUAUAUCGACAUAUACAUGACUAGCUCAGAUGAGCGCAUCAUCGAGUACGACAUUGACCAGGUGGUCUACGAAGCUCGGUCGCCCUUCCAGAAGAUUCAAAUCAUGCACUCUAAGACCUUGGGCAACAUGCUGCUGCUGGAUGAGCUGCAAAACAUUGCUGAAUCCGACUUGAUCUACACCGAGACUUUGAUGUGCCGCGGCGUGGAAAACUACGAGGGCAAGGAGAUAUGCAUCCUGGGCGGCGGAGACGGAGCCCUGCUCUACGAGCUGCUGAAGGAGAAUCCCAAGCAUGUGGUAAUGCUGGAGAUCGAUGAGAUUGUGAUGCAGGCGUGCAACAAGUACCUCAGCGUCAUCUGUGGCGAUGUGUUGGAGAAACGCAAGACCGACCAGUACGAGAUUAUUGUGGGCGACUGUGUGGAGUAUUUGAAAAAGUUCAUUGCCGACGGCCGCAAGUUCGACUAUGUGUUUGGGGAUCUCACAGAUAUACCCAUCACGGAUGCACCCGUGGGCGAGACCUGGGACUUUAUCCGCACAAUUUUCGAGCACUCCUUCAAGGUGCUGAAGCCGGAUGGCAAGUAUCUGACCCACGGCAAUGGCUCUACCUGCAAGGUGCAGCUGCGCCUGUUUGAGGAGCAAUUGGAUCUACUAAGGCCCAAGGUGAAGUACACCACCACCAAGGCCUUUGUGCCGUCUUUCAUGGAAGAGUGGCUCUUCUACCAGGUGACCUUCGCCUGACAAGCUCCACGGGAGCACCCAGCAGCAGCAGCAGCAGUAGCUACUUCCAGCGCCACUUUCACACCACCACUACCAGCAUCACACAGUUUCAGUCGGGAACCAAUAGCCGUCGUCGGGGAGCCCAUCCUUUGUCUGCACUCCUACACAGUCACUCUCCAUGGAGCAGAAGAAAGGCUUGAGCAGUUGAAGCCGCGGCCCAAGCGUCGCCAGAAGCGAGUGCACUAUCACCAUGCACUGGUUUCGUAGUCCCCAGUAAGGAAACACUGAGAGCACAUCGCCAGCAUCGAAAUCCACAGAUGAAAGAACCCAAAAACACGCACUUCCAAUGGCUGUUACUUACAAUUGAAAACCAAACCAAAUAUUGAACCCAAUUCGUUUAUGUUUAAGUUAGGCUCUAGUUCCGUUUAUCGUCCACUGAUUUCAGCGCUAAAAUUAAGUCGAAAGUACAACCUUCAAGCAAGGACAGGCUAAAGUAAAUUAUAUACUCGUGUUUAUUUUCAAUUAGGCCUAAGCAUAGCGUGUUGGCCAAUUGUAUUUGUAGUAUUUUCGUAUAACGUGUAUAAUCUAUCUAUAGAGCAUAAAUAUGUUUAGUUAUAUCCAUUAACGAGUGAAUUGUAGCUGGGGGUUAGGAGAAGGCUCGAUCGAGAAUGUGUGUUUGGAAGUGUGAGCGAAGCGUAGCAGAAAACACCAUCUUUUAUUGCUGUAAUAACAAACAAUACCAAAAUAUUUUAAACAAGAGUACUUACACAGUAAAAAAUAUAGUCGUACGCAAAAAUA